AUGAAAAUGAAGAAUGUUUAUAUAUUGGCGAAGAACAAUUACCUUCAAAUGAAGCAAGAAGUCGAUAAAAGUGAAGUUUUAUUAAUGGUAUUACGUUACUCUUUCAGGCAUAAUUUAUCUCUAAGUGCAAUCACAGAGCUGUUUGAGUUAUUAAAUUAUUAUAGUAAACAUGCAUUUGCAACUGCUAUUUUCAACUGUGACGGUGUUCCGGUUUUUAAAGGUUCCAAAUGUUUUAUUUGGCCAAUACAAAUUAUUGUCAACGAACUACCGCCACAAAUCAGAUUAAAUAAUUCCAUUUUAUAUGGGUUAUGGUUUGGCAAAUCCAAACCAGACAUGAACGUUUUCUUAUCACCAUUUGUCAAAGAUGCGAAAGAAAAGUAUUGCAUUUCGGGAAUAUCUUGUAAAAUACUUGGAGAAAUCAGGCAUAUUAAAUUGUAUUUUUUAACUUGUUGCGUGGAUUCAGUUGCGCGUCCCGCUAUGCAAGGGACUAUCCAAUUUAAUGGUAGGUAUGGGUGUAAUUGGUGCCUUUACCCGGGAGAAAAUAUACAAGGGAUUAUAAAAUAUACAAUUAAGUACCCAGUGCCAAAUUUACGAACAGAACGUGAGACUUUGGAACAAAUGGAACAAGCAAUUUACAAUAAUGUGACGAUAAAAGGUGUUAAAACUUCAUCUUGUUUAAUCAACCUUCCCUAUUUCAAUAUAAUAUCGGGCUUUGUCCCAGAUUAUAUGCACUGUUGUCUGUUAGGAGUGGCUAGACGACUCGCUGAAGUUUGGUUUACUUCGCUGAUUCCAACAAGUUUCUUGCUCAGGAUGGAACAGUCCAAAGCCUUCAUAAUAAGUUCCGUGUUGGUAAGAGCACAGUACAUCAGAUCAUUAAAGAGACCUACAAGGCAAUAUAGGAGAAGCUGA